AUGUCAUCAUAUUGCAAGAGCUUAACAAAACUAGAGAACCAGAUUGUGCUCUUCGAGAAGGAGCAGGAGCACUAUGAGGAGGCUCUCCUUGCUAAAGAUUUGCUUAUAGAGAGCCAAACAAAUAAAAUACGUGAACUAGGCGACCAGGUUCAACGCCUAGCUUUACACCUAAACACCGAACGUGGAAAGCUUGACCUACUUUUGGAGCAGUGGGAAGAUACACUGCAUGAGUUAAACAGAGCUCUGAAACAGAGCCGGAGCAGCAGCCAUAAUUUCCAGCAGCGAGCGCUGACGGCAGAAAAGGCCAAUCGUGAUUUACUAGCAGAGGUAGCAAUCCUUAGGGAGAAAAAUGAGCAGUUGGUCAGACAGUUGAGCUGUACGGGACCGGUUCAAACACAAGAACCGGACAUUACAGCCGCCGAAGUCACUUGUCCGGAUCCCGGUACACCGGACAGUUUUCUCGUAGAAAGUGCGCUGUAUAUAACGGAUACCUUGCUAAGGACGGGUUCAAGCGGCUCGCCUGAUUUUGGUGAUUCAAUGUCUGAAGAUGAGUUCCCCAGUUUCCGCGAUGAGGAUGCAAUUUGUUCAGCUUUUAUGGCUGACAGCCCUGUGAUUGCGAGCGGAAUCCAGAGUGUUAAUGCAUCUGCUACUCUCUUAGCAGAUGACGUAGCAGCAUCCUAUGACGAAGAGCUUCGCGAAUUGCGUCAGGAGAACGAUCGCCUUCGCCAUUUGCUCGAUCAGUCUGCAUUUUUAUCUCCCUUGUCUGCCAACUUUUCUGCCACAUUAUCGCCCUCAUCCUCUUGUUCGCCUUUGCUAGCAAUUGCAGGAUUAGGGCCCCGUUGGUUUGCACCGGUGUCCACCUCGGCUACAUCUAUUAUAUUCUUUCAAUCUCCAGCAUCAUCGGCCACUCCCUCUGUGGGAGGCUGCACUUAUUGUGUGGACUAA